AUGGAUAAACUGACCAUCAUCUCAGGAUGUCUCUUUUUGGCCGCGGAUAUCUUCGCCAUCGCCAGCAUCGCCAACCCCGACUGGAUCAACACCGGGGAGUCCGCCGGAGCACUCACUGUGGGCCUUGUACGGCAGUGUCAAACAAUCCAUGGACGUGACAGGACAUGUAUACCUCCCCGGCUUCCCCCUGAAUGGGUUACCACGUUAUUUUUCAUCAUCAUGGGAAUCAUUUCAUUGACUGUCACAUGUGGCUUGCUGGUGGCUUCCCAUUGGCGAAGAGAAGCUACAAAAUACGCUCGUUGGAUAGCAUUCACUGGAAUGAUCCUUUUCUGUAUGGCUGCCCUAAUAUUUCCAAUAGGAUUUUACAUCAAUGAAGUUGGAGGUCAACCUUAUAAACUGCCCAACAAUACAGUAGUUGGGUCUUCAUAUGUACUAUUUGUCUUAUCAAUUUUCUUUACAAUAGUGGGACUUCUUUUUGCUGGCAAAGUUUGUUUACCUGGCUGAUGAAUGUCUAAACUGUUUGACUUCUUUUGUGGGAAAGAUGGAGGGUGGGGAGGACGAAGGCAAGGUAUCUGAGCGGUCCUGUUCUCAGAAGGAUGCUUAGAUGAAGCUAUCUGUUACUGAAAAGAGAAAUGUGUUGACUCGUUCUCACUAUGCACUUUGGAUUAAAAUGGAGAGCCUUUUCCAUAACCAAA